AAAAGUUGGGUAACACCUUAGACACCUCCCACCAACUCUUCGCCUCCUGAAAUCCAUCCUGCAACACAACCAUGAGAUUCAGCCGUAUGCACAUAGUGCACGACGAGCAUGACUCUAUAAUCGACAGCAAGUCGAAUUUCUCUUUAGAGGCAUCGCAGAAGGAAGCGUCUGCUGACUUGGAAGUACAUCAUGUCGCAUUGGUAUUAGAAAAUGAUGGUAGCUCAAGUGAUUCGACUGGGAAUGGCCUUGAUACAGAUCACUUGCAACCCCACUCUUUGCAUCGGUGUUUUGCCGAUGACUCGGAUGCUGAAGCCCCGGUAUACUAAAUUUGUAGAUCUCUCAGCGCUUGUUCUCACCGUCAACCUCAGGAUGAUAUUGAUCUUCCAGAUGCAUUGCCAAUGGACGAUCCUGAAAACGACGCAAAUGGAGACGUAGCUGCAUCUCUAGAAAAACUGGAGAAGGAGGUUGCCGUGAAGCAUGGUUUCACAGAUGUUGAUACCGACCCUCGGGACAUCGACUCUGUAGCUAUACAUCAAAAGGCAAAGGAGAUAGCAUCGACUGGCGAUGCAUCUGACCAGAUGCUAUAUGAAAAGCUUCAUAUGCUCUAUCAGCUACGUACUCAGCGGUAUGAAUCAGGAAUGAGGCCUGGAGCCGUUGAACCAGAGUCUUUUCCUAGCAUUGCUUCAUCACGCACUCCACACGACGUCGAUGCCUCGCGGUUUUGGGCUGUUAUAAUUGGCAUCGAUGGGUACAAGACGUUUCCACUGCGUGGCUGUGUUGAAGAUGGGUUAUUGAUGAAGACAUAUUUGGAAAAUGAUCUCAAGGUACCCAGCAACCGCAUACAGCUUCUCCUUGGUCGAAGGCAUACCACCCCUAACGAUCCUUCCAUUCCUUCCCGCAACAAUAUCAUGGAAACCCUUCGCAGUCUUAUCAAUAACUCCCAUAUCAAGAAGGGAGACAAUAUCGUCAUUUAUUAUUCCGGUCACGGUUCGAGCUACCCUUGUUCGCAAUGCAUAAGAGCCAUCAGGGAAGGGAAGUCGAUUAUCCCGGAUACACGUGAAUCGGUGCCAAACUUUGUCACGAACACCAAAGGUUACCAAGGUAUCGAUGCUUUCUGCCCAAUCGAGGCACUCUGUCCCAUCGACCGCAACAUCGAUGUUUCCAACGGACGCAUAGUUCCCGACAUCAGUGAUCGAGAACUCAAUACAGUGCUUCAUGAAAUUUCCCGAGUUAAAGGGAAUCAUAUCACCGUCAUCCUCGACUGCUGCCACUCUGCCAGCAUCACUAGAGAACCGAUACCUAGGAUGCGCAGUGCUUUUCCCCUAACCGAUGCACGCGAUAUUAUGCUCCGUGUCGGAAUGCAGAACUUGAAGUCCAUUUCCAACCGUACUUCCGUAAUGGAAAAGACAUGGUUCCCGGAUAUGUCUUCUCAUGUCGUUUUGGCAGCGUGUAGGGAAUUCGAAUCCGCGAGGGAAUACGAGUUCAGAGGAGGAUUUAAUGGGAUUUUUACCCAUUCACUCGUUGGAGCUCUCAGAUCGGGUUUAUGUACGAAGGAAUUGACAUAUGCCAAUCUUGUAAAGGGUCUACCACGGCAGCGCAUGCAGACACCAGUUGUUGCUGGUGAUUUCAUGCGUGCACGCCUUUGGUACCAGACGACGUAGGCAGGGUUACUUGUGUCAGGGGGUGGGAUCGAACAACGAAUAUAUAAACACCAAGAAUUUGUACAGUUAUAGAUUGCUAUAUUAUACCGUUAGAGAUGUUAAAUCAGCAAUGCAGCCAUAAACCUUACCAAAACUAUCGCCUACGUUAUGGUGCUGUCGAUGAGGUAUCUAUACCAUGCU